GACAGAUCACUCGGGCAUUCGUUUAUUCCCAUCUUUCCAUUGUUUUUAUAUAUAUACUUAAUAAUCCAACCACCGUCGUUUUAUAACACAUCAAGUCACCAUGAAGUUCACUGCCCUCUUCACCCUGGGCCUGGCCACCUCGGCCAUCGCCACCCCUUCCCUCGUCCAGCGUGACGGCAAGGAAGUGCAGAGCCUGAUCAAGGACAUCUCCGCCAAGACCGAGGCCCUCGACUCGGCCAUCUCCGGCUACAGCGGCGGCGACGCCGCCAAGGUCGAGUCCGCCUCCGAGGAGCUCAUCUCCGUGACCACCAAGGGCACCGAGACCGUCAAGAGCGGCGACGACCUGACCAGCAGCGACGCCCUGGGCCUGACCUCGCCCAUCCAGGACCUGACCGACAAGAUCGAGUCCGCCAUCGACAACCUCAUCAGCAAGAAGUCCAAGUUCGAGGCCGCCGGCGCCGGUGGCAAGAUCAAGUCCGCUCUGUCCGAGCAGUACGACGCCGCCAAGGGCCUCGCCGAGGCCCUCUCCUCCAAGGUCCCCGAGGCCCUGAGCGACAUCGCCGACGAGCUCUCCGCCGGCAUCACCAAGGCCAUCCAGAAGGGUGUUGACGCCUACAAGGACGUCAAGGAAGGUGGCAACGGCGGCGGCGACAAGCCCGAGCCCACUGAGAAGCCCGAGCCCACCGGCGGCAACGGCGGCGAUGACAAGCCCGAGCCCACUGAGAAGCCCGAGCCCACCGGCGGCAACGGCGGCAGCACCACCUCCGCCCCCGUCAUCCCCGGCCCCACUGCCGUUCCCACUGGUUCCUCCUCCGGCGUCCCCGCCCCCACCGGCUCGGCCGCUCCCCCGAUCUUCACCGGUGCUGCCAGCCGCGCCGGCUUCUCCUUCGGUGGUGCCGCCGUCGCCGCCGCCAUCGCCAUCGCUAUCUAAGUGUGCGGCGAGUUGGCGCGCUCGGAUGCUUAGGAUCCUACGACGGGUGACGAGAUCGAAGACCAGGCUACGAUGUAAGACAAUUGGAAAUGGGAAAUUCGCAUUGGGCUUUGCUCUGUAUAUUCGAUUCUUAUCGUGUACUGUUCCGGUCGGGGGUUUUUCUCGAUGAGCUCGAAUAGUUUAGUUGUAUUGGUAUUUAUAAUAUAUCGCACUGCCUAUGCCUUGA